AUGCGCGUCAAGAAUUGUAUCGCCUGGGUACUGAUGCUGAGUCCUGCCUUUGGCAAACCCGUCCCCGCCCCAAUGCCUCCAGUAGACCCCUCGGGCGGUAACAAUGGAGGAGGAGGCGGCGGCGGCGGCGGGUCGACGGGAACCACCCCCUUCCAGGGUGCGGCGCUGGGUGCUAGUGCUGUCUUAACCUUGGCAACCUUUUGCCUCAACUGGCUGAGAACGGGCAAGACCAACGAGCAAGGAAAUUGGGAAAAAGGCUUUGAGGCAGAUUGUACAAACUUGGAGAAGGCAGUCACCGAAAUCGAGACUUACGAGAGCCAGUUGAGCAAGACAAAGACCGGCAAGGACGACAUUGACAUUGUAUCUGAUUGGGUCUUUCAAACCAGGAAUGAAAUCAGGCAGCUCAGAAACAGUGUGACUGGGAACCGAAUGCAGAAAGCCGAUUCGACCUCUCACCAGACAACAGCGCUGAGAAAGGGAUGCGAAAACCUCGAGGCCAUCAAGACGAGGGUCAACCAACGGAUGGCCGAGGUCGGGGCGCGGCUGGAUAAAGCCCGCAGCAAGGCCCAGGGAGGGACCACCAGGAGCGUCGGGACCCAGACCUCGGACGGCAGACGGGGCUCCCUCGGCUCACAGAACCCGGUCAUGAGCGGGGCGCUCGGGGGCCUGCAGGGCGGCGGGAGCAGCCCACCGAGCUCUCCGGCAACGUCGUCGCCCGGCCGCGGCAGGGCCAGCGCGUCCGACAAAUCGUCGCCGUCCCUGUCCAGGUCGGGAUCCCAGAGCGGGCGACAGGGGAGCAUCUCGACGGCCAGCACCGACUCCAGGCUGGGCGGCGACCUGGUCCCGACGUCGGCGCGGCCCGAGCUGCCGCUGCGAGGGGGCUCUUCGACCGGCGUCGACCUGACGCAGCAGCAACAGCUGCAGAAGACGUCGACCUCCAGGUCGACGGGCAGCAGCGGCAAGUCCGCAAAGGCCGAUGCCGCCGGCAGCCAGAAGAGCGGUGGUGGCAAUGGCGGCUCGCCCAAGAAGGGCAAAAUCGGGGACCCGUCCAAGAACAGCCGUCGCAGUAUCAUUGCCAAACGCAGACUUCCUCUUUACUUUGAAGUUUAG